AUGUCUGACCUCAAGACAGAUCCCGAAGCUGCCGUUCCCACUCCCAAGCCCACAGUCCACCUUACGGAGUCUUUGGAAGACUUUCAAUCCGAUGAGCAAAGAUCGAUCCUCGACACUGUCUCCCAGAUCCGCAAGUGUGGUUUAGAGGCUGUCUUGCCAUUGCCGCAGAUUGUCGUCUGUGGGAGUCAGUCUUCUGGCAAAAGCUCAGUCUUGGAAGCUUUGACCGAAGUGCCAUUCCCGAGGAACGACAACCUGUGUACGCGCUUCGCCACUGAGAUCACGCUCAGGCGGGCCCCGGUUGACGCUUUACGCUUGAGCAUCAUCCCCGACGAAGGUCGCAAUGCGGCAGAUACCGCAAAAGUCACCGGAUUCUCCGAGACGAUUGAAGACUUUAGCGAAUUACCAAGCAUCAUCUCCAAAGCGGCUGCCAUUAUGGGCAUCAGCUCCGGUGGCGAAGACAGCGAUGCAAACUCCCCUACUCAGGCGUUUUCGAAAGACAUUCUGAGCUUCGUCAUCGAAGGUACGAGCCGUCCCCAACUGACGGUGGUUGAUGUCCCUGGCCUAAUUCAGAACGUUACGAAGGGGGUCUCCGAGCAGGAUAAAGCAAUGGUGGCCGAGAUCACUGACUAUUAUAUCAGGCAACGCCGGACGAUUUGUCUGGCUGUUACUCAGGCAUCGGAUGAUUAUGCAAAUCAGCCGAUUUUGACCAAAGUCCGAGCGGUCGAUCCAGAGGGCAAUCGCACUUUGGGUGUUAUCACGAAGCCGGAUCGCCUCCCUCCGGGUUCUGGGACGCAAGACGCGUUCAUCGCCCUGGCUCGGAACGAAGACGUGUUCUUCAAGCUCGGUUGGCACGUGGUGAAGAACCGAGAGUAUGAAGAGUCCCACUUUUCGAUCGAGGAGAGAAACGCUUCCGAAGCACGCUUCUUCCGCACGUCGAAUUUUCAGACGUUGCCUUCGGACUGCUGUGGGAUUGACAGCCUCCGUGUUCGUUUGAGUGGCCUCUUAUUCGAUCACGUCAAGCGAGAACUACCGAAUCUGCGACGAGAUCUGGACGCAGCACUCGCCGAAACGGACGCCGAGCUCGACAAACUCGGAGCUUCACGAGCGACAGCUACCGAGUGUAGAAACUACCUGACGUCUCUCAGUCUUCGAUGUCUGGAGAUUACCGGAGCCGCGGUGAACGGGCAUUACGAAAGCGCAUAUUUUCAAGACCAUUCGGACACGACCUUUGACGUCGAUUCUCCGACUUCCGUGAGACGUUUUCGAGCGGCGAUCCAACUGGUCAAUCGACAAUUCGCCGAAGAGAUUCGCAGGAAAGGACCAAAAUAUAUCCUUGCCAGCAAACCGCAGCCACUCGAUGGUUGGGAUUCCGGUACGACGGCCAGCUCACCCAAGCGGUUGUCGCAUGAAGAGGCCAUCGAGUGGGUGUCCCGUGUCCUUGUAAGAUCGCGUGGCAAGGAGCCUAUAGGAAACUACAACCCCCUCAUCAUUGGUGAACUCUUCUGGGAGCUUUCCUCGAAAUGGGAGCAUUUUGCGACCAGCCAUGUUGACCAGGUCUCGGAGAUAUGCACCACCUUUACGAGAACGCUAUUGGAAGAGACCUGUCCGCGAGACGUACAGUCCCGUUUGACGGAGCUCAAGGUCAAGGAAAGUCUACAACGGCGGAGAGAACGAGCGGCGGAGGAACUCGACAUGAUCUUGGAAGAUAAACGGGACUUUCCAGCGGUUUAUAACCACUACUACACCGAUAAUGUGCAGAAAGCCCGCACGCAGCGGAUGGAAGACCGUCUGGAAAAGUCGAUCGAGGCGGCUACUCACCACGAACGCAUGCCAGGCUGCAACAGUAACCACACGAGCGCUUCGGUCGACGUUUCUGUUGCAAUCAAUCACUUUCAUAGUCAGGUCGACCGGGACAUGGAGAGGUACAGCUGUGAAGAGGCUCUUGAUUGCCUGUUGUCUAUGUAUAAGGAGCAACGUAAGACCUUUGUGGCGAACGUGACUGCGCAAGUCAUCGAACGACACAUGGUUCGCGGGCUGGACAAGAUAUUCUCGCCUCUCGACGUCAAUCACCUGUCAGACGAGAAUGUUCUAAAAGUUGCAUCGGAACCCGCAUCCGUCAGACGCAAAAGAGACUUCCUGCGAGAUCGUCAGCAGAAGUUGAGGUCAGGCAAAGAGAUCUUUCGGGAUAUUACAGGUCGCGUCAAAUAG